CUUCCUUGUGCUGAAUCAAAACUGCUUGUCCAUGUGUUGUUUUCCUCCUUGCUGAGGAAACAAGGAUGAAGAACCGUGCACAUCUUUUCUCAAGCAUGUCUGUCCCUCUUCUGCCAGAAGCAUGCAGAAUGCUUCCCGGGAAUUUAUUUUUCAUGAUUUUACUCAUUUCUCAGAUUAAAGAAAAGGUAAUCCUUGGAGUAGAGGGUCAAGAACUGGUUUAUCCUAAAAGGCUUCCCGUGAUACAGAAGCGAGAUGUUUGGCACAGCCAUGAUUAUGACAUACAGGAAACUUAUGAAGAAGAAUUGUUGUAUGAAAUAAGCCUAAAUAGAAAAAGCUUAAUACUUCAUCUUUUAAAAUCAAGGAGGUUCCUAGCCUCAAAUUACAGUGAAACAUACUACUCCACAAAAGGAGAGGAGAUCACCAGACAUCCUCAAAUCAUGGAUCACUGUUUUUACCAAGGAUCCGUCAUACAUGAAUUAGACUCUGCUGCCAGCAUCAGCACGUGUAAUGGUCUGAGGGGUUUCUUCAGGGUAAAUGACCAAAGGUACCUCAUUGAACCAAUAAAAUACUCAGAUGAGGGAGAACAUUUGGUGUUCAAAUAUAACCCGAAGGUGCAGUACGCUGCCAACUAUUCUUGUACACAGCUCAAUUCUACCAGGACAGCUGUUCCAAAGGAUAAUGCUAAAUCCAUGGAAGACUCCAAAAUGGAAAGCACCCAUAAAGAAAAGUAUGUGGAACUGUUCAUUGUUGCUGAUGAUAAUGUGUAUCGCAGGAAUAACCAUCCUCCCGUUAAACUGAGGAACCGAAUUUGGGGAAUGGUCAAUUUUGUCAACAUGAUUUAUAAAACCUUGGACGUUCAUGUGACGUUGGUUGGUCUUGAGACGUGGACAAAUGGAGAUAAAAUAGAAAUAGAUUCAAAUAUAAAAACUACCUUAUUGCGUUUUUCAGCUUGGCAGGAAAUAAUCCUUAAAAAAAGGAAGAAUUUUGAUCAUGUUGUAUUACUCAGUGGGAAGUGGAUCUACACACAUGGGCAAGGAACUUCCUAUCCAGGGGGCAUGUGCCUGCCCUAUUAUUCCUCCAGUAUCGUUAAGGAUCUUUUACCUGACCUAAAUGUAGUUGCAAGCAGAAUGGCACAUCAGCUGGGGCAUAAUCUUGGGAUGCAGCAUGAUGAUUACCCGUGUACCUGUACUUUGGGAAGAUGCGUGAUGGAUAGUAGUAUAAGCAUUCCUGCGCUAAAAUUCAGUAAAUGCAGCAGAACCCAGUACCUGCAAUAUCUGAAGGACUAUAAACCAACAUGCAUGUUCAAUAGUCCACCUUCUGUUAAGUUAAGUGAUUUCCCAUAUUGUGGGAACAAGAAGUUGGAGGAGGGAGAAGAGUGUGAUUGUGGCCCUGUUCAGGAGUGCACUAAUCCUUGCUGUGAUGCAGACAAAUGUGUGUUGAAGCCAGGAUUUAGUUGUGCAGAGGAAGAAUGCUGUGAAUCUUGUCAGAUGAAAAAAGCAGGGUCCAUAUGCAGACCAGCAAAAGAUGAAUGUGAUUUUCCUGAAUUUUGUACUGGCCACUCUUCUGAGUGUCCUAAGGACCAAUUCCAAGUAAAUGGAUUUCCUUGCAAGAAUGAAAAAGGCUACUGCUUCAUGGGGAAAUGUCCCACCCGGGAUGAUCAGUGUUCUGAAUUGUUUGAUGAUGAGGCAAAAGACAGUCCUGAUAUCUGCUACAAGAUGAAUAAAAAAGGAAAUAAAUUUGGAUACUGCAAGAACAAAAAAAAUAAAUUAAUACCCUGUGAAGAGAAAGAUGUCAAAUGUGGAAAGUUAUACUGCACUGGAGGGAAACCGUCAUCUCUCCUUGGAGAAGAAAAGAUCUAUCACCUUAAAAAAUCUCCAAAGCAGAAUUUCUCCAUUGACUGCAAAACCUUUUUUUUAUAUCAUAAUUCUAAAGAUUUUGGCCUGGUUGCUCCUGGAACAAAAUGUGGAGAUGAAAUGGUAUGCAGCAAUGGUGAAUGUGUGAAUAUUGAAAAGGCCUACAAUUCAACCAACUGCUCCUCUCAGUGCAAUGAAAAUGCUGUAGAUGGCCAUGAGCUCGAGUGCCAGUGUGAGGAAGAACAGACACUUGUGGACUGGGAGGAAACCUUAAAUGUUACCAAUAUCUCCAUCCUGGUUGUUGUGCUUGUCCUGGUUAUUAUCAGUGUUGCGGUGGUCACAUUAUUAAUUCGUUACCAGAACUGUAUUAAGUUGAAGCAAGUUCAGAGCACACCUGGAGAUACACUGGGAGUGGAGAACAAGGGAUACCUUGCUGAUGAGCCCGAGACAAGGACCGAGGCAAUCUUAACCAAUAUUCAUCCCCUACAUAGAACUGCAGAGCCCUUGGAGAGACUCCCAGUUAGUUUCUCAAGUCCACACUACAUCACACUGAAACCUGCAAGUGAAGAUCCAAGAGAAAUCGCAGAUCCCAAUCAAAGUGCCAAAGUGAGCUUGAAAUUGGAUAUCCAAAAUGGCUGUGCGAGGCUGGGUUGAGGAUUCUGGACGCAAGGUCUUCACAACCUUCCCUAGAUAUUUGCUACACAAAUUUCUGGUAGUUUUUCAAAUGUUCUUUAUCCAGAUAGAAAAUGCUGAAGAAAAACAACUUCUUUCUGUAAUAUUUACUGUAGAAUUCAUAAUCUGUAGCGUAGACAUAUGCCACCCAAAAAAAUCCUUAUAGUUUUUCAAAUGCUCUUUAGCUUAAUACAGACAUAAACAGUCUCCAUGCUCUAGUGUUUUCCUAGAAAAUGUUAAUCUAGUUACUUAAAAAAGAGUCAAAACCUUGAGGAUAGUAAAUUACAGCAGAAUUUGUCUAAGAAGCAAAACACGGCUUAUAAAAUAUUAUUUCUUUGGGAGCAUAAAAGUAUUUACCUUAAUUUGAACAUGACACGAUUACCACUAAUUCUGGUUUAAAUGAAAGUUUCCCCUGCAGAAAUGCCUAGGAAUUCAGUGCAGCAAGGCAUCUGAUUCACCAGUUUCUUGCAAAGUAGGCGCUGGCCCUCCCGCCCCUGUCAGUGGAGGAGGCAGAAGAGCAGUCCCCACCACUGGAGAACAGUUCUUAAAAUUGUGGUGGCAGCCGAGGAGGACGCGAAAUGCCCCUGGUGAUUCUAAAUUCCUAAAUUCCUAGAAUUCCUUAAGAACCUGACAGAGAAGUCAGAGGGUUACAAGAAUUUCAGGAAAUUAACUCCAACAGAGAAGACAUACUCCCAACUCCCCUGAAGGGCUUGGGAGAUCGUUGUAAUACAUGGAUCUGAGCACUUAACGUGGAGCUUCGGUGCCCUCUCCACCGUCCCUGCCGGCUGAUUAUGGUUGUGGGGUUGUCCUGGGAAUGACUCCAGCUAUUUCUUACCCUGAUGUUUCUCAACGCGUUCUCUUGUGUUCUUUCUUUUCUUUUCGUUAACUGUUAAAGCUAUAUGCGAUUAUCUUUUUAUUUACUGAAAUAGUUUUCAAGUGCUGAGUGCAAAUUUUCAGUUUCAAUUAAAUAAAAGCUGCAAAUCAAAGAAGAAA